CUUCCGUAUCUAUAGUCGCAGCGAGAUUUCAGUUAUCGCUGUUUCUGAACGGUGGAUAUUUUAUUAAUAAAUGGUUUAACAAACAGCUAAUCUAAGAAGUUUUAGUGUUUUAAGUUAAAACUCUUGGUCCCUUGUUGUUUCUUUAAAUCAUAAUAUCGAUCUAAGCUAAAUACGUGAAACUGUCGGGCGGUGGAUCAGAACCAGGAAAUGGAUUCUUUAGCGACGUUCUCCCUGGUGUCGGUUCUGAUCAUCUUCAUCUCACCUGUCUCUACAGAUCAGAGAAACAUCACAGCUGAAGCUGGACAGGACAUCAUUCUGCCAUGUAGAGCUCCUGACAGUAAACCUGUUAUAGCUGUAAAAUGGACCAGAACUGAUCUGGGACCGGAUUAUGUUUUUCUGUACAGAGAUGAGCAGAUUAGUCUGGAAAACCAGCUUCUAUCUUAUAAGAACCGGGUGAAUCUGAAGGAGGGACAGAUGAAGGAUGGAGACGUGUCCUUGGUUCUGAAGAACGUGACGACUGAUGACAGAGGAACAUAUGAAUGUCGAGUCGUCCAGACAGAGAUAAAAAGCAGGACGACCAUUAUCAUCAUUAACCUGGAUGUACGUCUUCCAGGUGACCCGGAUGGAGGCAACAAAGAUGGAGCUGUUGGGCUGGGGGUCGGUCUGUCAGUUGGUAUAAUUAUUGCUGUUGUUGCUGCUGCUGGUUGGUUGAUCUAUAAAAAAACUUCAUGUUUUAAACCAAACCAGCCUCCUGAAGAACCAGCUGGACCUCACAGGACUUUAAUGUCUCACAACGGAGCAGCUGACCCGUGAGUCCAUGUUGACCUGCUGGAUGAUGGAAGAUCUGUAGAACCAGAGGAGACAAACCUUCCUAAAGAACUUGAUGCUGAUGAGAAACAUCUCAGUGGUUAGUCGUCUAUUUCCUCCUCAUGAGGACCAACCUCAUCAUCUCCAUCACCAACCAGCUGAGAGGAACCCAAACACUGGUACCAACAGUUUCUGUCUUCCAGCAGAACCAAACCAACCUGUUACAGAUUUGUUCUAGAACCCGUUCCAAGCUGGACCUGAACAGUGGAGACCCGUUACUACAUUCUUCUCUAAACCUGAAUCAAGCUGAGCUGCAGAGUUUGAGGUUCAACUUGAUGAAGGUCAGGAGUUUCUGACAGCUUCAGACUUUUAGAUGUUUUCUUUGUUAAAUGUUCCAGCAGCCGUCUUUAAUCAUUUGAAUGAAUUAUUUUGAGGCUUAAACUGGUUUGACUAAGUCUCAACUUCAGUAAAGUAAUGAAAAUACUAUAGAUAUAGUAAUAUUGUACAUUGUGUCUCUUUCUGUUUUCACCCAGUUUUACAUAAACUAAAAUAAAAACUCAAUAACAUGA